AAACAUACCUCUUUCUUACUUGAGAAAGCAUUGUAGAAAGAGUGGGAAGAUCCAUAGCCAUGAACAUUGAGGGCUUUGAGGGCAUUGAGAGGAUGGAGCAAGGAGUUCCAGAAUCCUCAUCUCCAAAGGAAAUCGAAAAACGCACUGUCAAAUGGUGGCUCAUUGCCCUCAACUGCAUCCUCACAGGGGUGGGGACCAUCUGUGGCCCAAUGCUUCUACGGCUUUACUAUCUCUACGGUGGGAGUAGGAAAUGGCUAACCAGCUCGUUGCAGACAGCUGGUUUCCCCGUCCUUCUCAUCCCGCUCUCCAUUGUCUACAUGCGCGAACGGGCUCGUGGGAUGAAAUUCCUGCUGGAGCCCAGACUCUUUAUAGCGUGUGUGGUUAUCGGACUCCUCAUGGGUCUCGAUAACUUCAUGUAUUCGAUGGGUUCUUCAUUCCUUCCCGUCUCCACAUCCUCUUUACUCUUCGCCACUCAGCUUGCUUUCACCGCGUUUUUUGCUUUCAUCAUCGUGAAGCAGAAAUUCACUGCCUAUACCAUCAACGCCGUGGUGCUGAUGACUCUCGGGUCAGUGUUGCUUGGGCUUCGCAACAGCGGUGACCGUCCUGAGAAUGUAACCAACGGGGAGUAUUUGCUAGGUUUCAUCAUGACUCUCGGGGCCUCUGCCUUGCUGGGAUUCGCAUAUCCAUGCAUCGAGCUGUCUUACGUCAAGGCAAGGAAAGCCAUCACUUAUCCGGUAGUGAUGCAGUUUCAGUUCUGCACCACCAUGUCUGCCACCAUUUUCUGCGCUAUUGGGAUGAUUAUUAAUAAGGAUUUUCAGGGAAGGAACCAUUUAUUCAUAACUUGCUAAUACGACUUAUGCACACGUGCCAACUUGGCACAUAUUUGUGAGAUCCAAGCCAUUCAUCUGAGUCAACCCCACAACAAUUGUACAGAAGAUGGGGUAGAUUAAAUAAAUUACGUAAGACAACUGCAGUAUUUUCUUGUAUUUUUUUGCCCCCUCUUAUUAGUUUAAUAUCCGACAUGAUAUUAAAAUAAUUUCUUGUGGUGGAGGGCUCACCGUUAU